UAACCGUUGCGAAGAGCAUUGAUUCUCAAAUCGGCGAUGGCGGAAGGCGAAGAGCAGCAUAGCGAGGUGGAUGCAACUCUCCCUGACUUGCUGAAAAACACGCCUUCAAACAUUGCGAGAUUGGAGGACCAGAUCGAACAUUCCAAAGCAAGGCACAAGUAUCUUGCACAAACUGCUAGCCCUUCUGAUGGCGGUGAUGUUAGGUGGUACUUUUGCAAGAUCCCUUUGGCCCCCAAUGAGUUGGCAGCCUCAGCCCCUUCCACAGAGAUAGUGGGCAAGAGUGACUAUUUUCGUUUUGGCAUGAGAGAUUCUCUGGCAAUUGAAGCAUCUUUCUUGCAGAGAGAGGAAGAAUUACUUUCUAGUUGGUGGAGAGAAUAUGCAGAAUGUAGUGAAGGCCCAAGAGAACGACCAAGUUCCAGCACCGACAAGCAUCGUGAUGGAUCUUUUCUGGGGCAUACUCAGUCAACUGAACUAUAUGAAAUAGAGGAAGAGAGAGUUGGUGUCCCUGUAAAGGGUGGACUCUACGAGGUAGAUUUGAUUAAGAGACAUUGUUUCCCUGUUUAUUGGAAUGGAGAAAAUAGGCGUGUUCUAAGAGGCCAUUGGUUUGCUCGUAAAGGGGGCCUCGAUUGGCUACCACUUCGGGAAGAUGUUGCUGAACAACUAGAGAUUGCUUAUCAUAGCCAGGUUUGGCACCGGAGAACAUUUCAACCAUCAGGACUUUUUGCUGCUCGAGUUGAUUUGCAAGGCUCCACCCAAGGCCUGCAUGCCCUUUUCACAGGAGAAGAUGAUAGCUGGGAAGCCUGGCUAAAUGUUGAUGCUUCUGGCUUUUCUAGUUUUGUUAAUUUUACCAGAAAUGCAAUCAAGCUAAGGCGUGGCUACUCCCCAUCAAAUUCACCAAAACCAACCCAGGAUGAAUUAAGGCAGCAGAAGGAGGAGGAGAUGGAUGAUUACUGUUCGCAGGUUCCUGUUGGGCACUUGGUAUUUAUGGUUCAUGGGAUUGGUCAAAGAUUGGAAAAAUCUAAUUUAGUAGAUGAUGUGGGCAAUUUUCGGCAUAUUACAGCAAGUCUUGCAGAGCAGCACCUUACUCCACACCAACGUGGCACUCAAAGGGUCCUCUUUAUCCCAUGCCAGUGGAGGAAAGGUUUGAAGCUGAGCGGUGAAACGGCUGUUGAGAAAAUAACUUUGGAUGGAGUGCGGGGCUUGCGUGUCACGCUAAGUGCAACUGUUCAUGAUGUGUUGUACUACAUGAGCCCAAUUUACUGUCAAGACAUAAUUGACUCGGUAUCCAACCAACUGAAUCGACUAUAUUUGAAGUUUCUCAAGAGGAAUCCUGGAUAUGAUGGAAAGAUUUCAUUAUAUGGACAUUCUCUGGGAAGUGUCCUCUCAUAUGAUAUACUCUGCCAUCAAGAUAAUCUGUCAUCCCCAUUUCCAAUGGAUUGGAUGUAUAAGGAACAUGCUGAAAAUGAGGAAUCACUCCCUGAUAAGAAAAACCACAACUUUCAGCACUCAUCAAUCGAUCAGGAUGACACAUUUGGCAUGGUGAGCCCCUCUGAUGUAAAGAAGAGUACGCAACCGACUUCAGAAAUGGAGGCAGACACAUUAGGCAUGGUGAGCCCCUCUGAUGAAAAGAAGAGUACGCAACAGACUUCUUCAGAAUUAAACCCUGUGUUAUCAAGUGUACACAAAUUUACUGCAGGAUCUAACUCUCUGAAACCAAGUAAUGAGGGAGAUGUUUCUGAGUUCCUUUCUGAUUCUAGUGACAUUCUUUUUGAGAAAAUGGGUGCAUUGGAUAAGCGUGAGAACAUGAAUGUUGGGCUACCAAUGGAGCCAUUGGCUAAUGAAGAAUGUGAGUGUACAAGCAACAAGGAUGAAGUUAUCUCGAAGCUCAGGGAAGAGAUUGAUUCAUUGAAAGCCAAUCUAGCUGAACAAUCACGUUGUGGCGAUGGUCAUACCAAAGAAGAGUUGCAUUCUGUACGGCAGCUAUCUAAAAAGCUACCUUCUAAACAAGAUGCACCAAGGAGUUGUGCUCCAUAUAUCAAGUACACAAAGCUUCAAUUCAAGGUUGAUACAUUCUUUGCUGUUGGAUCCCCUCUUGGUGUAUUUCUUGCACUUCGUAAUAUCCGAAUUGGGAUUGGCAGAGGUCAAGAAUAUUGGGAGCAGGAAAAUAUAAGGGAAGAGAUGCCAGCUUGUCGACAGAUGUUCAACAUUUUUCACCCCUUUGAUCCAGUAGCAUACAGGAUAGAGCCACUUGUCUGCAAAGAGUACAUCGGCAAACGCCCUGUUUUGAUUCCGUAUCACAGAGGAGGAAAAAGGUUGCAUAUUGGAUUUCAGGAAUUUACUGAAGAUGUAGCAGUUCGCACUCAGGCAAUGAAGGCUUAUAUGAAAUCUGCAAGUGUUAAGAUACUCACAGUUUGUCAAUCAAGAAAUAUGGAGAACAUAGAAGGAGAGAGUUCUGAAGAAGAGGAAGAGACAUCAUAUGGAUCUUUUAUGAUGGAGAGGUUGACAGGAAGCACACGCGGACGAAUUGAUCACAUGCUUCAGGAUAAGACCUUUGAACAUCCAUAUCUGCAAGCCAUUGGAUCACAUACAAACUAUUGGCGGGAUAAUGAUACUGCUCUUUUCAUAUUGAAACACUUGUAUCGAGAUAUACCAGAAGACCCCAACUUGUCAAUUGUAUCUAGCGGGGCAAACUUGAAAUAUGAGAGUAGUUCUGCUGGUUGGUAUGAUCAAAGAGACACUGUUGAGGAAGAUCUUCCUUUGACUUUCUCUGACAAUGUUAUGGUCAGAAACUUCUCAAGCAAAGCUAAGAAGAUUAUGGAGAAGCGCACUGCUUCUAGUUUCUAAACGCAUGGCUUGUGUUGUAACCAUGUCAAGUCUGCUCUCCCAUUGUAUGGCACAUGCUGAGAUGAGAUUUCCAUGCAUCCAUCGUUGCUGUUAUCGCCUCUACACAGUGUAAAUUGAGAUUGUGUAAUUUAUCAAAGAAUGUACGCUAGCAGGAUUGUCCAUCUUAGGGUUGUUUCAUAUGGCUGGCUAGUGUAGUUGUUAAAUUUGUCUAUAUUCCAAUGUACAUAACAAUAAAGCAAAAAAUAGAAGUCGUCCCUGUACCAUCUGACGGUUAGUAUCAAAUUAGAACAACUGUACAAUCCUAGUCCAAGUAAAAUAAGAUGCAAAAAGGUUGUUUUGUUCCUCUUUGAUCUGGGAAUUAUAAUGAAAUGUUUUUCUAUUUGGAAUCCAUAAGAGU